AUGGCUCUGUACUCCUGGAGCCCCGAGAAGGGGUUCGUCAGACAGAACAUGAUGCGGCCGGCCUCGGUCUCCACCAGCCUCUCGCUGGAGUUAUGCACCUUCCCCACCACCCUGGGCUCCUCGGUGGCGGCCGCCGCGCUGGAGCAGCUCCUUGUUGUGGAACAAUCUCUGAAAGGUGACUCUUUCAAAUGCAAUGAAGAAAUGCGGACCUUUCUUAAGGACAUUGCUGUAGCUGUCAAAAAAUUGGAAGAAAUGAGAAAAAAUACAAUUGAUCUUCUGGAAAUUGAAAGCAUGGAACUGAGCAGGCUCUACUUUCUGCUUGAAACAGUACCUGACAGCCUUAACAGGGAGAUGGAAGAGUGUGUCAGAAGUGCGCGCAGAUUAAAUAUCUCGGAGAUAAAUCAAAUGAAGGUGAAGAUUGCAAAGAUGGAUAAUGAAGCUGAGUUUCUGAAGAAGAGAAUAGCUGAUCUGAGGGAUAUUAAUGAAACUCUGGGAGAAAAGCAAGAACAGCUGGCACAGCAGCACACCAAGUUUGUCCUGGCCCUGAACCACACCAUGGAGGAAAAGGCCACAGCCACCAUGUACAUCAAUGAGACCUAUACCAGGAUAAACUUUGAGAAAGAAGAAAUAGCACUGCAAAAACUAUGUCUCCAAGAAGCACAGGAGUUAAUAGAAAAACACAGAGCUGACUACACUACAAAGAAACAUCAAAUGGCUAGCCAGAUUAGUAUGGCCAAACAAAACUGUGAUGAAAGGAGAAAAGAAAUGUACAAGUCAAAGAGAGAACUGAGCAAGUUACAAUUCAAAAUGACAAAGGUGAAGCAAACAGUUAUGGCGAGCACAGUGGUUCUUAGUGAUCAUAAUUUGGAGAUAGCACGACUAAAGGAAUCAAUAGGGGAUUGGACCAUAAAGGUGGAAAACGCAAAGAAAAAAUGUAAGAAGUAUGAGACUGGAAUGAAUUUUUUUAUGGGUCAUAGAGCAAGUCUGGAUGAUAUAGCUACUAAUGAAAAACAUGACUACCUACAAAAGAUAAAACAGGUGGCUGAAAAACUCCAAAGAGUUCAGAUGGAGAACAGAGAACUCCGAAAAAAUCUGAAUGAUGUAUUCACAGAACAUAAUGCUGCCGUAAAAGAGGAGGAUAGCGUUUAUUUGCGGAAACGAAAGGCUCUUACUGAAAAUGAGAAACAAAUGUCACUUAUUAACCAGAAAGAAAUACUCCUCUCACAGAGGAAAAUAGACAUCAAAAACAUGGAAGAAGGGUUCGUGAUUCUCCAGGAUCUCUACCGAACAACUAAGCAAGUAUAUAAAAAGCAAAUAAAAGUCCUGAGUGACAACCUGGAAAGAGAAAUGCAGAGAUGUGUUAUAAUUCAAUGGCAAAUAGCUUCAACAAGAAAAAAGCAUGCCCGUUGGGUAGAUUCGACAAAGGCUGUAAUACAAGACAUUUUAUUGAAAAUGGAGAAUGCAGAACAGAAACGAAGUGAGUUACUUGAAGAGACCGCUCUUCGAGAAAAGGAGAUCGAUAGCUUCGUGGCACAGAUUCAAGCACUUACAGUAGAACUAAAAGAAGAGGAGAAGGAAUUAGUUACCAAAGAAAAAAAGUUAAUUCAGGAAUUAAGCAAGUUUGAGAACUUAAUUACAAAGGAAGAGCAGAUUAGCAAAGAGAAAGAAGGGGAGCUGGAGGACAGUCUUCCACAGCUCCACCUGGCCGAGGAAGACUACAUGGAAAAGCACAGAACCCUGGAGGAGCUGAAGAACACGCUGAGAACACAGAAGCAAGAGGAGCAAUUAUUGAAGGAUUAUAUUGCUCACUUUACGAGAGACCAUGGAAAAUACUUGGACACCAUGGAUAAAGUGAAGCAAGAAUUAAAACAAUUACGAGAUCAAGAAACCAAGAAAACCCAAGAUCAUUUUGAAAUUCUAAGAAACUUAGAAAAUGAAAUUUAUGCAAAUGACCUCAAGGCAAACCGUGUGAUCCUGGAAAAUAAAAGACUAAAAAAACAUCUUUCCAUAAUGAAGGACCAAGUGGAAAAAUACAGUAGUGAACAAAAAGCCGUCGCAAAGGACAUAAGUGACCGUUCUUGGGAACUGGUAGCAGGACACAGACAAUAUUCAAACUUGUUGGCAGAAUUUCAGUUCAUAGUUAAGGAACUGGUAGAACUCGGUGAAGAGACCUUGCACAAGAUAAAACAUCUAAUAGACAAGCUGUACUAUAGAGACGAAAAGAUUGAGAGCAUCAGCAAAUGGCUCCAGCAGAAUAUCGAGAGGCUGCGCAGUCUGGUCGAUCAGGAAUCACCAACAGAACUCCAGAGACAGCAGCUCAGUGUCUAUGGUAACGUGGAACUUCCUGCUAGUUUACUAUAG